AUGUUUGUGCAGGGUCUUUUAUGUGUGUGUUCCGUGGAGUCGGACAACGGGAAUUUAUUGGUGACAAUAAGGAAGAACAGAGGUUUUUUAAUCGCGCCUGGCAUUUAUCAUUGUGCGCAUCGAAGAUGUUGCCUUGUGAACAGCGCUGACGUCAAUGCUAGAUCUGCUCUUCGCAUUGGAGCAGCACGAAAAUCUUAUAAUCCACCUCAGAAGUGCAAAACACCUACCAGAAUUUUACUGUCAGCUGCAGACUUCUUUUCUGAAGAACCUGAAGUACAAUCGGAGUGA